GGAGGAGGGGGAGGGUAAGACAGAAAGAGAAAGGGGAGGAGAAAGAGCUGUACGUCUCUCCUGUGUCAGCGUCACUGCCACGCCAGCAUUCGUCACCAGAAAACAACAAGGAAGAUCGUCGCACAACGGACCUCUAAAAAAAAAAAGGAAACCAUCAGCCACAGCAGCUCCUACUCCUCCUCCACCACCAGACGUGCAUCCACAGAUUAGGCCAAGACGGUUCUACGUUCCCCAGACACAGGCAUCUGCACGCUCCCCGGGCAGGAGGAGCUCUCCCAGGCAUGACCUGAGAGGAGAAGCAGGAAGCCAUUGGACGCGCGCUACAUCAACAUGGGCAACCAGGAGGCUAAGCAAAAGAAAGCUGCAGCAGCAUCAAGUAAUGGAAGCUACCCUUCACUGGAUGAAGGAUGGAGAGAGGGAGGAGGGGACGCCACCAAAAAGGGAGGAAAGAAGCUCCAAGGUAAGCAUGGAGGUAAAGGAGCAGGCAGCGGUGGAGGAGGAGGAGGAGGAGGAGGGGGGAUGCAUGGCACAGGACCAGGAAAAAAGAAAAACAAAUCUGAGUCCAAGUCCUCGGUUUUCUCCAUCCGGAAGAGAAAGGGCAACCUGAAAGGGAAAGGAGGCGCGUGUUCGUCAGUAACGGGCUCAAAGGAGGACGUUUUAAUAUCUCAAAAUGACGAACUGGACAGCACAAAAACACCCGAAAUGUCUGCAGAUGAGCUCGGACAGUCGGACACUGAGCCUGAGAAGAAAAAGAAACCAGAGCCGAGGAGAAGAGAUGAACAUGGACGGGAGCAGAAGCAGGAGAUGCAGCGGAAAGCCUCGACAGCAGCAACGUCUCCCACGGACGAUGGGAAGCAGAAGGGAGGGAGCUCGGGGUCGGACACAGAUAUCUACAGCUUCCACUCAGCAGCUGACCACGAGGAUCUACUAGCGGACAUCCAGCUCGCUAUACGGCUCCAGCAUGGCGGGGUUAACUCAAUUGUGGAUGCACAGGGAGGGGGCGAAAGGGAUCUGAGCUGGGCAGGAGGAGAGGGGAGGAGGAAGCAGAGUAACGGGGAAGUUAAACUUACUCCCCCUAAGGUGCUUGACCUGACUCCAGAAUUAGAACUGGGGUCUGAUGCCCUGUCCUUCCUGGACAUGGGAACGCUGUCGGACUCUGUCAAGCACACGGACCAGCCACCAGCACCACACCUCCCCUUCUACACAGAGGUGCACGAGAGGAGGGAGGAGAAGGAGGAUGAGGAGGGGGGGGUGGAGCAUCCGGAGCUAAAUGGGAAGGGGCAGGGGGAGAGAGAAGCCUCUCUUUGUGUCGCCACAGGCACAAAAGACCAGCAUGCUUGUGUGCAGCAGCAGCAGCCCCCUUACACAGCCAUUGCCAUGGCUACUGCUGGGGGGGCAGCAGUGAGUCCAGUCACCAUGACAACCGGUGGUAACAGCUUCCCUGAUCACCCAUUUGACAGUGCUGGGAACCCAGGGGGUGAAGAGGAAGCAGGACGUGAAAAAGAGGAGGAGAAGGAGCCUGGGCUGGAUGUAGAUCUCAGUCCUCCACCCGCAGACAGCCACAACAAAAGUCCCGAACCCACCGAAGGGCUGAGCUCAGGGAACGUGUUUGAAGAAGGUGAGGGUCAGUUGGGCUCGGGUACAAGUGCAGAGUCCCUUGAGGACUGCCUGAGCGCUGGAUCCGAAUCCAACCACUCCGUUGCCGUCAGCACCAGCGCUUCCCAGGGCAGGAGGAGCAGCGUAUGCUUCACGUCGCUGCCUGUCCACGAGAGCCCCACGUCGGCCAAAAGACUUCUCAGGUCCACCCACUCCUCCACCUCCUCUAGCCCUGUGGUCAAACCCUACCCCCCCAUCUUUCCCUACUACAUCAAAACCACCACGAGACAGCUGAGCUCCCCAGGACACUCCCCAGCCCUUUCCCCCUCCCACAGCCCGCAAUCCCCCCGCAGAGCCCACCAUCACCUCCACAGGACGAUGGUGGAGGGUCAUCAAGUCCGCAAGCAGCGCUCUCGGAGUCUCGCUGGGUCUCUGAGUCGCUCGGCUGACUGGACGGAGGAGCUCGAGAGGAGGCUGAGGAGCAGAGAGGAGGAUGGAGUGGGUUCAGGAGAAUAUCUGGGGGGCUUCAGAGGAGGAGGCAGUCAGCCCCUCUGUGCCACCAGAAGAUCCUCCUGUGGACAGGUUUCUACCUGCGGCUUUCAGGACGUCUUUACAGGUCGAACUCUUCUGGAGAAGCUGUUCCUGCAGCGGCAGCAGCAACAGGAGGAGCCAGAGGAAGUUGAGAGGUUCUGUUCCAGGAUCUUGGCCAUGGGUCUCCUUCUGCCUUUUGACUGCUUCAGAGAGCAGCUGGGGGGCAGCACCGCCCUCAUCACCUCCGCAGCAUCAACCAAGUUUGACCAUGACCAGCUGUACACGUGGGCAGCGGUCAACCAGCCGACUCACUCCCUGGAUCCUCUUGAAGGGAAACUCCCAGGGCAGCUGAAGGGCCCCUGGCCCCCUGUCAAGCCGGGCGGAGACGACAGGACUGGACUCAAAUCCACAGAGGCAGAAGACAAUCAAGAACACCAUGCAGCAAUCUUGGGUUUGACACAACAGAAGGAGAGCCAAGAGGAGGAAUGUGUCUUUCCUUCAACCAAACUGAAGGAAAAACAUGUCAAUGUCAUCCAGCAGCUGGAGCAAACCAUAGAAGACCUCAGGACUAAGAUUGCCGAGCUGGAGCGCCAGCCCCCUCUGCUGGACAAGGACAGUGUGAAACCCAGCGCCUCCACCACGGACAAGGAGUGUGGAGGCGACGGGGACCUGCUGAGGGUGGUGUGCGACGCCCACCUGCAGACGGAAAGCGCCCACGCUCUGGGCUGCCUGGAGGCCAAGUCGGUGCAGACCUCGCCCAUGGACGGCAGCUUUAAGUUCAAAGUGCCUUGUAGCGAGCCUCCACCCAAGCAGGAUGGCUUCCAGUGUACAUGUCAGCUGCAGCCUCCACCUCCAUCUCCCCUCCCAGGAGGAGCACUACCUCCUCAAUCUUUAUCAGGACAGAUUGUGGCACCUCCCCCCCACCACCUCCUCCUCCGCCGUUACCAGGAGGCUCAAUGCCAGCGCCCCCACCCCCAUUACCUCCUGGUUCAGCAGUUCCUCCACCACCACCUCCACUCCCCGGCGGCCUUGCUCCACCCCCACCCCACCCCCGCCUCCUCCACUCCCUGGUGGCAUUGCUCCUCCCCCACCCCCGCCUCCUCCACUCCCUGGCGGCAUUGCUCCACCCCCACCCCGCCUCCUCCUCUUCCUGGUGGCCUUGCUCCACCCCCUCCUCCUCCUCCUCUUCCUGGUGGCCUUGCUCCACCCCCUCCUCCUCCUCCUCUUCCUGGUGGCCUUGCUCCACCCCCUCCUCCUCCACCACCUCCUCCAGGCUGUGGGCCUCCUCCCCCACCUCCUCCUCCACCAGGAGGCCUCUGUCUCCCCCCGGCUGUCCCGGGGGCUCUGGGCUCCCUGCCUCCCCCUCUGCCGUUGGGGCUGUACGCUCUGGGUCUGACCCAGGAGAAGCCCCCCAGGAAGGCUGUGGUGGAGCCACCCAGACCCAUGAAGCCCCUCUACUGGACCAGGAUCCAGCUGAACACCAAAAAGUAAAGAUGGCAUAGCCCGAAUAGCCUCAGGAUGAUGGUAGAUGCUAGAUCCAAUCUGCUACACGUGUCGAC